UCCCCUGAAGAGUAAGAGUAAUUUUUUACGUCAGCCACAUCCCUUUGCUGGACAGAAGGAGGGGAAAUGGCUGGCUUGUAAUCCUGGGUUCCAAACCACAAUAUUGGUGACCAAGAAAAAAAGGCGCCUUUAGGCUUUAUCUCUUCCUGGGUUAGAGAGAGCGCUAGUAGUGGAGAGAAACUCGAGCCAACCAGGAGCCUGGAGCACUUAUUUCUCCUUUUACUGCCCAGCAUUCCCUCACACUCAGUCUGGGGAGUACGCUGCCGGCUGCCGCUCCCUGGCUCUACGCUCCAUUGUCUUGGAGGAUCUUAACACCUUGUCCCAGGAAGAUGGGCGGCUCCUUGGCUCUUCUGGGCAGCCAAAGAGGCGCAGCCAGGGAAGCCACCGCCUCUGUGCGGAGCAAACAGUUAAAGAUUUUGGGCAGCGCCUUGUGGGGGGAGGAGCCAGGGCCCCAAUCCGCAAUUAAAGAUGAACUUUCUGUGAACUAAUUUAUCUGACCAAGGUAAAGGGGGCCGCAACCUGGAGAAGCCUAUAAAGCCCGCGGCGGGGCUCAGACCGCGCUCCUCCGCGGUCGCAGGUAGAGGCGCCGCACCAAUGGGUUUCUCCGCCCUGCUGGCGAGCGCUUUAUGCACCUUCGUGCUACCGCUGCUGCUCUUUUUGGCUGCCGUCAAGCUCUGGGACCUGUACUGUUUGAGCACUCGGGACCACAGCUGCAGUCUCCCGUUGCCCCCGGGGACUAUGGGGUUGCCCUUCUUCGGAGAAACGCUGCAGAUGGUAUUGCAGCGGAGGAAGUUCUUGCAGAUGAAGCGCAGAAAGUACGGCUUUAUCUAUAAGACUCAUCUUUUCGGGCGGCCCACCGUGCGGGUCAUGGGCGCGGACAACGUGCGGCAGAUACUCCUGGGGGAGCACCGUCUGGUGUCUGUGCACUGGCCGGCCUCUGUCCGGACCAUCCUGGGCUCCGGCUGCCUCUCCAACCUCCAUGAUUCUUUGCACAAGAAGCGCAAAAAGUUGAUCAUGCAGGCUUUCAACCGGGAGGCGUUGCAAUGCUAUGUGCCAGUAAUAGCUGAAGAGAUAAAAAAUGCUUUGGAAAGGUGGCUCCAAUGCGGCGACAGCGGCCUCUUGGUCUACCCCGAGGUCAAGCGCCUCAUGUUCCGAAUCGCCAUGCGCAUCUUGCUGGGCUGCGAGUCGGGCAGCGCGACAGACGGGGACAGCGAGAGGGAACUAGUGGAAGCUUUUGAGGAGAUGACCCGUAACUUGUUCUCCCUGCCCAUCGAUGUGCCCUUCAGCGGACUUUACCGAGGCAUGAAGGCGAGGAACCUCAUCCAUGCACGCAUCGAAAAGAACAUUCGUGCCAAGCUAGGGGGACAACGCGAGCCUGAGGCCAGGGGCUGGCGUGUCAAAGACGUGUUACAGCUGCUCAUCGAGCACACGCAGGAGAAUGGCGAGAGGCUAGAUAUGCAGGAGCUGAAGCAAUCUGCAACCGAACUUCUCUUCGGAGGGCAUGAGACUACAGCGAGUGCUGCCACAUCUCUGAUCACGUAUCUAGGACUUCAUCACCAUGUGCUCCAGAAAGUGAGAGAAGAACUAAAGAGUAAGGGUUUACUUUGCAAAAGCAGCCAUGAUGAAAAAUUGGACAUAGACAUUUUGGAACAACUUAAGUACAUAGGAUGUGUUAUUAAGGAAACUCUCAGGCUGAAUCCUCCUGUUCCAGGGGGCUUUCGUAUUGCCCUCAAGACUUUUGAGUUAAAUGGAUACCAGAUUCCCAAAGGAUGGAAUGUUAUCUACAGUAUCUGUGAUACUCAUGACGUUGCAGACAUUUUUACCAACAAGGAAGAAUUUAACCCUGAUCGGUUUCUGUUGCCUUAUCCAGAGGAUUCUUCCAGAUUCAGUUUCAUUCCAUUUGGAGGGGGCCUCAGGAGCUGUGUAGGCAAAGAGUUUGCAAAAAUUCUUCUCAAAAUAUUUACAGUGGAGUUGGCCAGGCAUUGUGAUUGGCAACUUCUAAAUGGACCUCCUACCAUGAAAACUAGUCCCACCGUGUACCCAGUGGACAAUCUCCCUACAAAAUUUAUGCAUUUCAAGGGUGAAAUGUAGUUAGUGCAAACUCUGUAGAACUUAGGAACUAUUUGAAGUAUAUGUAAAGUUUUAUAGUGUCCCCUGUUGUCUUUAAUAUUAUAUUUAAUUUGUAAAUAUAUGUCAUAUAGUUAUUUAUAUUGCCUUUAAAAUGUUUCUUUUCAUCUCAAAUACCAUGUCUACAUUUUAAAAGUACUAAAAUAAUGAAUUUGUAUGAUUCCUGACUAAGGCGACUUUCUGAAAGUAGUAGGUUUUUAAAAUUAUUUUAAAAUCUUAUUGAUAGUUUGUCAAAUGAAUAAGAGCUUAUUGUUUUGUGUUCAUUGUAUUGCUUAACCAUAUUUCUAACUUUGUAUAAGUUUAUACUUGUCAUUGCUAUAUGUUUUCUGUGAAAAAAUCUGAUAGUGUGUGUGUCUAUGUGUGUGUGAUAGAGAGAGAGAGAAUGAGAGCUAAACAGUAAAAAAAAUAAUAAUAAAUUGUAUUUUGGCCUA